GCUUCUAAGAGAAGAAACGAGUAGGAAGCUGAAGAACAUUGACCCUAAUUUGGGAUCGAGAUAUUCUAGACUUCCCAUGGCUGAGACACGUCGCGUGCGUCUCGUUUAUAGCACGUGAGGGCUGAAAUUUCCCGCGUUAUCUCACACGCCAUGCCCUUCGUCUCCCCUCAAAUUCCUUACGUCCUAUAUUACCAUCUGCAAUCAUCUCACCACGGAUCAAGCAACCGAAUCAGGGCAGCGACAAGAGGGCGAAUCCAUCAUGGUGGUAGGCAAGUUGAUAACGCGAUGGUCGCCGUGGGCUCCGCCACCGGUGCCGAAGCAGCGGUACCUGGUGCGACUACACGUGGCGCGGCUCGAGGGGUUUUCUGUGGCGAUAGCCGGAGAGUCGAGAGCGGUGGUAGCGGUGGGAGUUAGAUGGAGGGGGCCGCCGAAGGGGAGGGGGAUACCGUACCUUCAUCGUCGGCGAAGAGAGAUUCGAUCCGGCGGGGUAUCCGAGGAGGCUGCCGUGGGGAUCACCGGAGAUGUGGAGUGGAUCAGAGGCGAGGAGAACGAGUUCGAGAAGGUCUGCUGUUUUUCCGGCGGUGGCGGGCCUUUCAGCCUUUGGGAGAUAUCCUUCUCCGUUCUAUUCGGAAGUGGAGCUCUGGGGAAAGAGGGGAGGGAGAGGAAACUGCUGGAGGUGGGCAGUGCAGUGAUAAAUCUUGGACAAUGGGCCUGGGAUUUUCAUGUCCAGAAGCAGUGUGGAGGGUUUGAAGGGAAGGAAUCCCACUUCUAUGCCGAAAGGAAGCAGUUUCCCAUCACUGUGAGCAAAGAUAACUUGACCGCCGAAGUCACACUUCAUGUAGAUGUAAGCUUUAUUGAAAUUGAAACACCUAAAGAGAUCCUUCAAGUAGCUACCUAUGAAGAUCAGCUGGCUAAAGGCACCCAGCAAGAGGAGGGUCUUGACAGUAGUGAUGGCUUUGCCACAGAUGAUCCUUGCUCAUCUUCUGAUAUGGAUAUGGAUGUAUCUCAAUUGUUCCCCAUUGCACACAAUGAAGAGAAAACCAUUAGAUCCAAGAGCAGAAGAAAGUCUUCAAGCAGCCAUAGUAGCAGCAGCAACAGUGGAAAUUCUAGUCCAGAGUUACAGUUGCUAUCAGUUUCAAAGCGUAGAUUCCUUCCAUGGGGAUCCAAGAGUCGGGCGAAGAAGAUAUCUGAAGAAAAAAUCAAUAAAGAGACCUCCCCAGUUAACAACUUAACGAAUGGUAUCUUGAGUACAGAGCCUCCAGAAUUCAAAGAAAAUGAUGAUCCAAUUGGUAAAUGGGAGAGCAAAGAAUUCAUUAGCAGAGACAAACGAACAAAGCUCAAGGCUCAAUCUUUUUUUGCCUCCAUUGACCAGCGCGAUGAGAGUGCAGAUGGGGAGAGCGCCUGCACCGCACUUGUGGCUGUGAUUGCCAAUGCUCUUCAUUCCAGCGGUGCGAACACGCUCACCAGGUAUGAGUUCGACUCCCUUAUCAGAGAGGGUUCGUCCCAAUGGCGAAGGCUCUGUGACAAUCCAUCAUGCAUAGAACGCUUCCCCAACAAACAUUUUGAUCUUGAAACCAUCUUAGAAGCCAAGAUAAACUCGACCUCAGUUCUCCAAGAGAAAUCCUUCAUUGGUUUUUUCCAGCCAGAGAGCUUUGAAUCCUUACAAGGGGCUAUGUCGUUUGAUGAUAUAUGGAAUGCGAUUUCAAAUGAUGUUGAAGAUGUGCCUAAAAUUUAUAUAAUCAGUUGGAAUGAUCACUUCUUUGUGCUCAUGUUGGAAUCAGAAGCUUACUAUAUCAUUGACACAUUGGGUGAGCGAUUGUUUGAAGGAUUCAAACAAGCUUACAUGCUAAGAUUUGAUGAAUCAACAGAGAUAUACAAGUUGCCGGUGGUGGAAGAAGACAAGGUCAAGGCAGAGAAUGAAGAAUUUGAAGAGCUGAUUAGUAGUGGGAAGGAUUGUUGCAGGGAAUUUAUAAAGAGGUUCUUUGCUGCGAUACCUGUAAGGGAGGAGAUAGAGCUUCUGGAGAGAGGAAAGGGAAAUGCCAACACUGUUUUGCAUCAGAGGUUACAGAUUGAAUUACAUUAUACAGUGACUUGUUGUAAUGUUAGUAAUUUGUGAAUUAGAUUGAUCUAAAUGCUAAUGUGAUUAUAGGAGUUAGAAGGCAUUAACUUGUUCUUCUAAUGGAGGUCAGAUACUUACUGAUGUAGUUACAAUGUAUAUAAGAUUUUCAUUUGUACA